CUCUGGGAAAAACCCGAGCAGGAGGAGAGCAGCAGAAGGGGGAGGAGGAGGAGGAGGAGGUCUCCUUCUUCUUCCGAUUCAGCGACUGAGGCAGGCUAUUUAAAAUAAUAAUAACAAUAAUAAUAAUACAGUUAAUUAAGUAAUUAAAUAACCGCACCAGACCCGGCGGUGCGGGGCGGCUGAGGGAGAAAGAAAAAAAAAAGAGAAACCUCGCACGGAUGUGUCUCCGAAAGCGCAGCGGAUACCGCCCUCCGGACCUGAUUAAUGCCAAGAUUCAGAGGUCCGAGGAAGAAGGGGGGAUGACAUGCAUGUGUCCAGCCUGCUAACAUCCCUGACGACUCGCACGCUAACAGACUGCCCACCCUCACGGCAUGGCGGAUGUACUGUACACAGGUCCGAUUCCAGCCGAGCGGGGGGUCGAGCUGGCCAUGGGGGGAGGUCGCAGCGAGACCUCGGCCCUGAGCGGGGCAGGAGAGGCCCGGGGCUUGACCACUACCCAGAAUUCCCAGCGGCCCAACGCCUGCUGCUUUUGCUGGUGCUGCUGCUGCAGCUGCUCAUGGAAUGAAGAGGAAAGACGGAAGAGGAGAAGGAGAAAGAGGAUAUCCCAGGAGACCAAGAUGGAAGCCAAACUUGAAACUUGCCCCAAACCCUCGAUGGAGGAGGUCCAGAUGUGGUCUCAGUCGUUCGACAAGCUGAUGAGGAACCCCGCUGGUCGCAAUGUUUUCCGGGAGUUCCUGCGAACCGAGUACAGCGAGGAGAACAUGUUGUUCUGGCUGGCCUGCGAAGACCUCAAGCAAGAAAUCAACAAGAGUGCCAUAGAAGAAAAAGCUCGGUCCAUCUACGAAGACUAUAUUUCUAUAUUAUCACCAAAAGAGGUCAGUCUGGACGCUCGGGUUCGGGAGGUGAUCAACAGGAAGAUGCAGGACCCAACGCCGCACACGUUUGAAGACGCCCAGCUGCAGAUCUACACGCUGAUGCACAGGGACUCCUACCCACGCUUCCUCUCCUCCAACAUCUACAAGGCCCUGGUUCAGGGCGGGUCCCGCACCUCCUCGGAGUCCUAGUCCACCUCCACGCUGCCGUGCCGAAGCGUUUCACCUCCUCUGCCGCACACACUCCUCUCUCAGCUCAUUUCUCUCUCCUCAGAUCAUUUCGUUUUCAUUUUGUUUUCUAGUUACUGCCCAGACUUUCUUCUGUUUGCCACCGUCCGCUUGAAGACUUCCUCCACUUUGCGUUCUGUUGUCUUUCUUUCUUUACCCUCUUCAAUCUUCCAACAAAAAGACCUUAAAAAUAACAAAAUAAUUAGGAUAAACUGAAUGUUCUGCACAUCUAAGUUGAGGAAAAUAGAAUCAGUAAACAUUUAUGGCCAUAGAUUAAAUUAUCAAGAUUUUAUUUUUAUAAAACGCAGUUAAGUUAUCGUCACUCGUGUUUACAGGUCAACUCCCAUCCCCCCAAACUCCUUCCUGCUUGUCUCGUUUCCUCUCCUUUCUCGCCUCUGCAGUAAGCAACCAGAGAAGGAAGCGUUCCUAGAUAUUUAAGUAUUUAUGAGUAAUGAUCAGCUGUGAAAUGUACUUGACUACUUUGUGAGAGCCUGACGCAUUUCAAGAGGAGAAACAUUCAUCUGUGCCAUGAACUCUUAGGGGAUUUUCACAAACGACGCCCUGCCUUUUUCAUUACACUCCAGUCACCUUAAAGAGCCAAUCAGAGGUGGACUUCCCGGACGUGCGACCUUCUUUUCCCCUCCAGCAGUGGCCUCUUCCUGAGGAAGGAUGGAAAGGUCAGAGAAAAAGAUGGAUUCUGUAUCAUUCCCCUUCUUUCUGCCGUCUUUCCACCGUUCAGCUGGGAAAAACCCACGGUGCUCCCUCCAUCUCCCGGUUUAAAAAAAAAAAAAAAAGCAGAAACUCUUAGUUGUUUCCUGGAUCAGUUGUUACCCUCCUGUCAUAAACCAACAGACGAAGGAAGGCCGACGUUCCUUCCAACUACUGAUUUACAAAAAGACGCAGAGUCUAUUUUCUAAGAAAAAAAAAAAACUAUAUGGAACAGUUUUAUUAUAUUUUGUUUUGCUGUUUUUAUUUCUCCUACUGAGUCCCUUACGUGGAUAUUAUGACUUUUUGCAAGCAGAGGAGAGUUCCUCUGUGACUGUACUGAUCUCCGCCCAACAUACAGAUGGACAUCACCGCAAUAAAGCACUGGAGUCCGAACCGCAGGCACACACUGACCAUGUUUGAGUCACUCUACUUACAGGGAUUGUUCAGUCACAAGCGUGGCCGGUGUACAACUAUCAGUAAGACCUGAUGAAAAAGCCAAAGAGUUAAAGAAGAGGGGGGGGGGAUGUCUGCUCCGAAACAUUUUUACCUUUUCCGGCUACAGUCAGUCUCUCAACUCAGGUUUUCCUACUUUAGCUGUGAGUGUUUUCGAGCUGAAAGGCACCAGAUGACUGACUCAUUUCUCACAAGACCAAACCAACUUCCUAAACAAUUUUCAGGAACAGACGAGACGCGGAGGAUCGCUGGCAUUACCAGUAUCAACUAGACACAAGCUGUUUUUAAAAAAAAUAUAUAUCUUUCAUUCCAUACAGUGGUCUUAAUGCCAAAAUUAGUACUGAAAUAACUUCUUUCUAAAAUAGAGCAAACAUUUCACAUGUCCUAAAUUGUGUGUUUAUGUAUCACUGGGCAACCUAGAAUGGUCCAAUUAAAGCAUUUUAAGUAUUCUAGACUCUGAACUACAGAUGCACAAAUGAAGUCCACGUUCAAUCAGUCAAUUAACCAAUUAGUUGUAUAUCCCUUCCCACAUUCACCAUAAUGUUGACCAAAGUGCUUAACAAAAAUCAAUACAUGACAAAAACACACAGGGAGAUAAAAGCAAAGUAGAUGAAAUAAAGUGAAUAAAAUUCAUGUUAACCAGAAGAUUCCUUAAAAGCUAUAUAAUAUCAUUUUACUUCAGGUGUCUUGUCCAAACUGUGCCAAGUUUUGGCUUUUCACGUCUUAUUCUCCUCGACACAGUGAUGCCGACAGCAACAGGACAUCUCUUUGUGACAAAACCUUCACAUGGGAAAAACGUCACGCUUAGAUAUCACACAAUCUGGGGCCACUCUAUAUGAAAAAAACAUCAAAUAUUAAAACAUUUAAGCUGGUAAUCAGAAUAUUUGAAAACUUUGCACAUUAACAAACAGGAGCUUUCUCAGUCAGUCAUGUUAACAUGACCAGAUGAGAUAUGCAGUCCCUGGUAGGUUAAUGGCAUAAAACUAAAUCAAUGCUUUAUUUAUUUGUAUUUGUAAAGCAUCUUUGCUACAAAAUAUUUAAUGUCAUGACCCAUUUGAGUCAGAAGCUGGAAGUUCCAGCUUACAUAAAUCCUAAGAAAACAAAUUGGAAAGUCUGCCUUUUCUCACCAACCCUGAUUUCAGUAUUCAAUAUGGUGGCCACAGGUAUUAAUGUCAAGCCUGCAUUUAUACAAAAAAACUGUUUGUGUAAAUUUAGUAGAUCGUUGGAUAUAAAAUUGAGCAAAUUAAGUAAUUUGGCAAAAAUGUAUUAGAAUUGAGCAUAACUCACUCGCUGGUGGCGGUAAAGUGCUUCCAAAAUGAUUGUCAGUAUGUGCUCAAUAAGCACUCCAUAAGAACCCUAUUACUUGGAUACAUAUUGCUGUAGGCCGGAAGUAGUUUGAGGCAAAAUUACGACAACAGUCUAAAAAGGAAUAAACACAGUAGCUGCAGAAAUUCACUCAUCUGAUAAUUUAUUUUCUAUUAAAAUGGCCAUCACCAUGCAGCCUUUGGUAGUGAACAUUUCUACUGUGUUUACAUGCCAAAAAUGCCAAAAAACUGCUGAAAAAAUCAGAUCUAAACCUGGAGGCAAAUGAAUCAAAAGAUACUUAUAAUUAGUUACAUAAUCUUGUAUAUCUUUAUUGCGAGUUAUGUUCUAUUGGCCAGCAUUGCCCUUUGAAAUUCUUUGAACCAUAAAGAAUUGAAACAGACAUUCAAAACCUUUUCAAUCAUAGAGUUUCAUUUUCAUAGCUUUGACUUUCCACUGCAGUGGGAUUAUUUCUUUGCAGAUGUCCAGCAGGUAAAAUCCAGCGGGGAUCAUCUGGAAGUUCCUGCUUCCAGCUUAGUGUCACUUCCUUGUUUUUAUACAUUUAUUUCCAAGGAAGGAAGAUUCUGCAUCCGUGCCAAAAUCUUUCCAUCGUCCUAACUUAUUUGGACUACAGAUGUUAUCAAAGAGGAGAUUUAAUUGGUCAAUAAACAACAAAUGUUUUGUAUUU